CCUGCACUCCGAGAAAUAUUCAGACUGAAACCUUGCCUCUUCCUGGUUCUUGAACCUGCUUGCCUUCCAAGUGGAACUACAUCAUCAGAUCUGGGACUCCAGGUUGCCUGCUCACCCUGCAGAUCUUGGGACCUGUUGGCAUCCAUAAUCACAUGAGCCAAUUCUGUAUAAUAAACAUCUUUCAGUCUCUGGGCUAUUCAGUUUGCUCAGGCUGCAGGAGCCAAUUAGGAAGAUGCCUUCCUUGACUCUCGUCUGUCCUCUCCUGCAGCUAAAGCCAAAAGAAAAGAGACUAGUGAUAUGCAGUACGUUACUCUCUCAUGAUGCCGGGCAGCCGCAGCUCCCAGACAGCCAUGUGAUCACUACUGUAUUACAAGUGGAUAAAUAAUGUGCACUGCUCUGAGCCCAAAGGUACGCAGUGGACCUGGCCUCUCUGAUAUGCAUCAGUAUAGCCAGUGGCUGGCCAGCAGACAUGAAGCUAAUUUGCUACCGAUGAAAGAAGAUCUGGCCUUGUGGUUAACCAAUCUGUUAGGGAAGGAGAUUACGGCAGAAACUUUUAUGGAGAAAUUGGAUAAUGGUGCCUUGCUCUGUCAACUUGUAGAAACUGUGCAGGAGAAAUUCAAAGAGAGCAUGGAUGCUAACAAGCCCGCCAAGAAGCUGCCCUUAAAGAAGAUUCCAUGCAAGGCCAGUGCACCCUCAGGAUCCUUUUUUGCCAGAGACAAUACAGCAAACUUCUUAUCCUGGUGCCGAGAUUUAGGGGUAGAUGAAACAUGUCUGUUUGAAUCGGAAGGUUUGGUCCUCCACAAGCAACCCAGAGAAGUGUGUCUCUGUUUGCUGGAGCUUGGCCGGAUUGCAGCCAGGUAUGGUGUGGAGCCUCCUGGUUUGAUAAAGUUGGAAAAAGAAAUUGAACAAGAAGAAACACUCUCUGCCCCUUCUCCUUCACCUUCGCCUUCAUCAAAGUCUUCUGGAAAAAAGAGUACGGGAAACUUACUGGAUGAUGCAGUGAAACGGAUUUCUGAAGAUCCUCCUUGCAAAUGCCCGAGCAAGUUCUGUGUGGAGAGGCUCUCGCAAGGAAGAUACCGAGUGGGAGAGAAGAUCCUCUUCAUUAGGGGUCUUCAUGGUUGUGACUAUGUCUCCACAGCCAAAGCAAAGCAGACGUUUAAGAUGCUGCACAACAAGCAUGUCAUGGUCCGUGUGGGAGGAGGUUGGGAAACUUUUGCAGGGUAUUUGUUGAAACACGACCCCUGCCGGAUGCUGCAGAUCUCCCGUGUGGAUGGCAAGACAUCCCCCAUCCAGAGCAAAUCUCCAACCCUCAAGGACAUGAAUCCAGAUAAUUACCUGGUGGUCUCUGCCAAUUAUAAGGGAAAGAAGGAAAUUAAAUGAAACUAGUUGGUCACUACAAGGGGACUCUCAUAAUGGCCUGUAUCCACAUCUCCAGUAGUCAGUUUAGUUCACAUGCUCUGAAAAUUACUUUGGAAAAAGACAUAACAGAUAGAAAGACGUCAUCAUGUUGAAACAUGCUCAAAGAGUAGCACUAUUUAUUUUGAACGCUUCUGUAGAAAAUGACCUAUUAAAAGAAAUUAUCAACUCAGAUUUAAAUUAGACAAAUUGUAGGCAAAUCAUUGUUUCUCAAUAUGUGAACAUGGUAUUUAGAACACAAUACUAGCAAUACAAUUCUAGCUAAAGAUAAAAAUUAUUAGAAGAAAAUAGGAUUUACAGUUAAGUCAACAGAAAGUGCCUGCCUAAUGUGUACAGAAUAACAACACCCCAGACAUUUUUUAUAAUUGCAGGAUUUUUAAGCUGAUUUUUUAAAAAUGACAAUUAGUGUGAUGAUGUGCUACUAAAAAUAUCCAACAGCACUAUAAAUUAAAGUACAGUGUAUCUACGACAGUAAUACGUUACUGGAAAGGCCACUUCAGAAAAGUUUACAUUCACUUGGAAGAAUGCCUUAAAGUUUAUCCCUUAUCUCUGAACAAACACCUGGGGCACUUUUGGAAGUUUUCACUGCACCCCUUGGAGAAUGGCUUAUGAGUUGAUUACACAUUCCUUGACACGUGGCUGUGUUGAGACUGAGUGUAAUUCACACACAUAAGCUGACAUACGUUUAUAUUUUGAAAGAGUAAAUUGUACAGUCAAAUGUCCAUUGACUUCAUGUUAUUUCAAAGCAUUUUCUUAUUAUAUCUUUAGUUAAUCCAACUUUGCUGUGCUGUCUAGUAAAGUAAUUUCACUGUAGCUAAUGAUGUUACAGACUUAUGUAUACCCUUGUAUACCUAGGACAGGGCUGUUUUGUACCCAUAAACAGCAAAAUAUUGUCCUCACUGAUUGAAGAAUUAAAAAGAUGUUAAAAAAUUUUA